CUUUGGUAGAGCGUGCCUGUUCCCAUGUACUCCAGUGAGUGACUCGUACAAAUACAUCCCGUACUAGAAAAAAAUCCAAAAAUGAUGCAGGAAUUAGUAUUCUGUUUAGUAUGUAUAGCAAGUUUUGUUUGUGCAGAAAAUGAAUGCAGUAGUAAUCCCUGUCAAAAUGGAGCUCAGUGUGUUGAUGGCAUGGGAGUGAAUGACUAUACGUGUCAAUGUCCUGACACAUAUUAUGGAAAGCAGUGCGAAAUCCUAGCAGCUACCAACUGCGGCUAUGGCUUCUACGCACCGUCGGGCACUAUCGUGUCUCCUAGUUACCCGGACAACUACUCAAAUAGGCUAUUAUGCGUGUACAUACUACGAGUACAUGCAGCCAAUUACAUACAACUCAAUUUUACGGAUUUUAUGACUGAAGAAUUCAAGGACGUAUUAGAGUACGGUACAGGAUAUGAAGCCGAUUAUACUAAAGCUACUGGGAGCUACAUGGGAAGUUUAACUGAUCGUGGUGCACUACCUGAACCGAUCACUGUAUAUAAUAGCAGUAUGUGGCUUGUGUUUUCGUCUGAUCGUAAUAUUGGAAUGAGAGGAUUUCGUCUAGACUACACUUCAGAUGGUGACGAUUGUUGGGAUUCCCCUUGUCAAAAUGACGGUACUUGCGUUGAUGGUAUCAACGAAUACAGCUGCAUAUGUGCGAUUGGUUUUGAAGGGAAUAACUGUCAAACAAAUACGGAUGAUUGUAUAGGCAAUCAUUGUCAGAAUGGAGCCGUAUGUGUCGAUGGACAGAAUGAGUACACAUGUACCUGUCCAGAGGGGUAUGCUGGAUUGCUAUGUGAAACUGACAUCAAUGAAUGUGGCAGUAAUCCAUGUCAGAAUGCAGUACAGUGUGUGGAUAACGUCAAUGGAUAUAUAUGUGUUUGCUUACCUGGCUUCACAGGAAUUCACUGCCAAUCAGAUAUCCUAGAGUGUGCUAGUACACCAUGUCAGAAUGGUGCAAGAUGUCUGGAAGGAACCAACAGAUUCUAUUGCCUAUGUGAACCAGGAUAUCUUGGUGAACUCUGUCAAACAGAUAUAAAUGAAUGUGAUUCAAAUCCCUGUCAGAAUGGACAGUGUACAGACAUUGUUAACUCUUACAUAUGUGACUGUGUUCAAGGCUGGUCUGGGAUUAAUUGUGAGCUUAACAAUGAUGAGUGUGCUAGUUCCCCAUGUUUGAAUGGUUUCUGUGAGGAUGGUAUCAACUCGUUUUCUUGUGCAUGUCACCCUGGAUGGGUAGGGUAUAACUGUGAAAAAAAUUUUGAUGAGUGUGAUAGUAACCCAUGUUUAAACGGAGCUUGGUGUCUGGAUAAUGUAAAUGGAUAUAUCUGUAUGUGUGGACCAGGUUUCAUUGGAACCAACUGUGAAGUAGAUGUAAAUGAGUGUUCAAGUUCUCCGUGUUUGAAUGGUGCAGAAUGCUUAGAUGAAGUGAAUGCAUUUGUGUGUUCCUGUGUUCCUGGUUUUACUGGUACCAACUGUCAAACAAACAUAGAUGAGUGUUCUUCGUCACCGUGUCAGAAUGCCGGUAUCUGUCAUGAUAGUAUAGAUGGAUUUGCUUGCAUAUGUGAACCUGGAUUUAAUGGUGACCUAUGUGAAAAUGAUAUUAACGAAUGCUUAGGCUCACCAUGUCAGAACAGUGUAGAGUGUACAGACAAGGUCAAUGGUUAUACAUGUGUUUGUGUUGCUGGAUAUUCUGGGAUACAUUGUGAGACUGAUAUUAAUGAAUGCUCCAGCUUUCCCUGUCAGAAUGGUGGAGAAUGUAAAGAUGAAGUCAACAAUUAUAUUUGUGUUUGUGUUGAUGGUUAUGAAGGAAAGAAUUGUGAAAACAAUACUAAUGAAUGUUUGAGUUCACCUUGUAUCCACGGAGGAACGUGUCAUGACGCUAUUGAUAGCUAUAUAUGUCAGUGUAUGAUUGGAUUCGUAGGAAAUAACUGUGAGACUGAUGUAGAAGAGUGUUCAUCAAGUCCGUGUUUGAAUGGUGCUACAUGUGUGGAUCAAAUUGGUAGAUAUGUAUGUGUGUGUGCUCCUGGUUUUGUCGGCAAUCUGUGUGAAACCGAUAUUAAUGAAUGUGCUUCAACUGCGUGCCAGAAUAACGGUCAAUGCAUCGAUGAUAUUAAUGGGUUCACGUGUGACUGUCUAGAUGGAUUCGAAGGAGACUUUUGUGAAACAGACAUCAAUGAAUGUGAUAGCAGUCCAUGUCAGAAUGGUGGUCAGUGUAUUGAUAAUGUAAAUGGCUACACAUGUGAAUGUAUCCCUGGUUUCCAUGGCGUCAAUUGUCACACAGAAACUGCUGAAUGUGCAAGUGAUCCGUGCAUUAAUGGUGGAAAUUGUACAGAUAUUUUCAGUGGAUUUAUUUGUAUAUGCCCUCUGGGAUACACUGGAAAAAGUUGUGAAAUCGACAUUGAUGAUUGCAGUAAAAAUGUUUGUGAGAAUUCUGGAAGGUGUAUUGAUGGGGUGAAUAUGUACACAUGUUUGUGCACACCUGGUUGGACAGGAGAUAUCUGUGAUAUCAGGAUUAAUCCAUGCAAUGAUAUGCCUUGUGCUAAUAAUGGUUCAUGUAUUCACACUGGGAUUGGCUUGCAUACUUGUACAUGUAUAGAAGGUUUUAUUGGUACUUUGUGUGAAAUUGAUAUAAAUGAAUGCAGUAGUCUACCGUGUUUGAAUGGAGCAACUUGUAACAAUGAAAAUGGACAUUAUACUUGUACCUGUAUGAAUGGCUGGACUGGUAUCAACUGUGAAACAAGUACGUAUUGUGAUAUUGAAGGCACAUGGUACAAUCAACUUGAUACUGAACUAGUACUUGAAAAAACCAGUAAUGGAAUGUUACUUGGAAAGUAUCAUACAGCCUAUGAACGAUACAUUCUUGGCUACACUUCAGAUGCUAUCUUAGUUGUUGGUUAUUGUGAUACUACAACCAAUUUCCCAACAUUUGGAUUCAGUGUCAUACAUAACCAUGGCGAUGAGACAAAAAGUUGGACUGGUCAAUGUCAGAUGUGUGAUGAUGAAGAGGUGCUUUUAACAAUGUGGGUAUCAACAGAAAAAACGUCUGCUUGUAUGGAAAAUGCAAUGGCUAAUAAAGUUGGCAGUGAUAAAUGGACUCGUUAUUCACAAGGUCUUGCUCCCAAGAAAGAAGAAGAAUCAAAUGCAGCUGUUAUAAAUCUAUAAUUUCAUCUUUUUUUCAUGAUCAUGUACUUAAUUUGUUGUGUUCUGUACUCAGUAAUAAAUGUUGAUACACAUCUAAA